GGCGCCCUGAUAGCGGCAGCCACCGACCUGAGCUUCAAUCCGCGCGGCUACGCUGCCGUUCUUUGCAACGACCUGCUCACCUCUCUCUACCUCAUCAUGGUCAAGAACACGCCCGGCACCAACGGUCUCAGCACCACUGGCAUGUUGUUCUACAACUCAAUGCUGUCGCUUCCAAUGCUGCUGUGCGCGGUGGUGCUCAAAGGGGAGCCUGGCGGCAUGGCUGGCUACCCCAUGCUCUGGCACCGCACCUUCCAGAUGGUGCUGCUGGCCUCAUCAGCGCUAGGCCUCACCAUCAACCACUCCACCUUUGUGUGCACCCGUGUCAAUGAGCCACUUAUGACUUCGGUAGCAGGCAACUUGAAGAAUGCGAUCAUGACGAUUGUGGGCGCCUUUUCCUUUGGCGAUUUUAUCUUCGAGCCAUGGAACGCUGCAGGGCUGACGGUCAGCAUGGCGGGUGCCGUGUGGUAUGCAAUGCGUUCUGCGCUGCGGGUAAGGGUCCUUGCCUGGCAUGCAUGGCGGCACCGCUGCCGCCACUGGGCGUGCCCUGCCUCGCGCAAGGCCCGACCCUGCCCCAAUCAUGCAAAGACAGGCGUACCGCCGAGUACACUUGACCCACCCCUGCAUGCCGACUGCCCGCAGGCGCGCCAGAAGUCGAUCAAGGACCGGCUUCUGCAGCAGGUGCCGGUGAUUGGCCGUGACCGCCUGAAAGGACGUGCUGAUGGGGUGCAGCUGCAGCUGACGGGCGCCCCGAAUGGUUUCACCGCUUCAGGUGCCAGCUCAGCCCAUCUGAGCGCCAUCAUGGGCAGCCACAGCCGCAGCAAUAGCAGAGGGGAUCUCAGCCAUGCAGGCCAGCAACCUUAG